AUCGGUCACAACGUAUUUUCCCCAAAUUCAAAUUAGUGAGAGGGAAAAGGAACCCGCUCUUGUUCUCAACUGCGUUUCUCCUACUCGGCAACCUGUGAAAAAGAAAUCCUAAUCGUUCUAGAUUCAGGAAUCCAAAAUUUUCCAUAGCUUGUUACAAGGCAUCAACAAUUUCGAAAUCUACUAGGUUUAAUUCGGUGUAGUCUUGGAGGUCGAACAGCGUUAUUCAAAAAAUGGCAGAAACCCUAAGCCCUAGCCGUACACCAGGCCACAAACAGAGAGCCUCGGUCCUCUCCCCGGAUCGACCUUUAUUUUUGGGAUCUAACGAUGAUAAGCUCGAACGUGCUCAAGCACGCGCCGCUCGUGCUGCAGCGAUCCGCCGGAAGCCCGUCGCGAUUAAUCAAGCAAACGAUGCUAAUCCUGCCGACCCUUGUCUUGGCCAAGAGCAGAUUAUGGAGUUGUUUCAGAAUUGCAUCAAACUCGCCAGUGAAAAUAAAAUUAAUCAGAAGAAUACGUGGGAGCUGAAUCUGAUAGAUCAUCUUUGCGACAUUAUUAAGGUUGAAGAAGAGAACGACGUGGAGACCAAUUUUCAGAAGGCUAGCUGCACCCUUGAAGCUGGAGUUAGGAUAUACUCAAUGAGGGUGGAUUCAGUUCAUUCUGAGGCAUAUAAGGUUCUUGGAGGCAUUAGUCGAGUUGCACUAGAAGCUGAACAAGAUACUAUAGAAGAUGGCAACACUGAAAACAUGCCAGGAGAACGCACUUCAAAGAAGGAAAAGGAAAUAAAGCUAUCUCCUUUAUCAACAUUGGAAUCAUCCUUUGAGGCUCUUAAUGUGAAGAAAUUUGAUGUUGCAUUUGCUGUAGAUCCUCUCUACCAUCAAACAACUGCACAAUUUGAUGAAGGAGGAUCAAAAGGUCUUUUACUAAAUAACCUUGGAGUCUAUGGUGGAUGCCGAAUGAUAUUUGAUUCACUUGAAGUACCUUCAAAAUGCAUGUUAUCUUCAAAUGAAAAUAAAAUAGAUACAAUUGAUAUCUCUUAUACCAAAGAUUGUAUAGAGCAAAUGGCAUCAAACUUUACAAAGAAACUUGAAAUCUCACCAAGUUUGAAGGAAAUAGUGAACAUGUUUGAUGAAGAUAACAAAAGACCAGUGGAUACGUUUUCUUCUUCCCAAAACUCCAUAGAACCUGAUGAUGAAGCUUUUGAAGGCGACUUCAAUGGUGGUGAAAACGAUAAUUCAGGGACAUGGGACUUUAUCAAAGACAACCAGACAAGUUUGAAUGAUGAUGACACUUAUGAUGGAGAUGAUGGACACUUUGAACAACCUGAUCAUCUUCAGGAAAAUGAGGCAUAUGUUACUCAUGAUGAUGAAAAAUCCUCAACAGUUGACAGUUUCUUGUUUCUAAGCCUUGGAUUAACUGGAAAACAUAAUGCAUGGGCUGGACCUGAACAUUGGAAGUAUCGAAAAACUAAAGGUCCAGAAGAGGCUGUGAAGGAAAAUGGAUCACCAUUAAUGGCUAAAAGUAAAAGAAACAAGAAACAAGAACCUGAUAUAGAUUUCACAAAAGCAUUGGAAUUAGAUAGUGAUUUGGAUAAUAUCUUUGCUCCUCCUAAAAACCCUAAGACAUUACUUCUUCCUGUAAAUAGAGAAUCUGUUAGCACAAUGCUUCCGGAAGAUUGCCAUUAUCAACCAGAGGAUCUUGUCAAGCUCUUUCUUCUUCCAAAUGUUAUGUGCCUUGGAAAGAGAGGAAGGAGAUAUUCGGAUGAAGAAGGAGAAGGGAAUAAUAAUAAUGAAACAUUUGCAUCAUGGGAUAAUGAUUGUGGCCAAUUUGAUGAUGGAAAUGUUUAUAAUAGUGAUAUUGAAGAUUCCACCACACUCGUCUCUCAGCCACGCCAGGUAAACAAGAUUGAAGUGGAGUAUGAUAGAACAUCAAAACAAGUUGAUGUUCAAGCACUCAAGGAAAUUCUUUGGUCAUCUAUUCAAGAAACACAUGUUUCGCCUCAAAAGGAGACGAAGGAGUUGUCUUUCAAGAACAUGUUGGCGACUUUUCCAACCGAUGUGAAAAAACAAGCGGCUGCAUCGAUCGAUGCAAUCUCUCCACAUUUGUGUUUUAUAUGUUUGUUGCAUUUGGCUAAUGAGCAUGGAUUGAGCAUCCAUGGAUGUGAUCUUUUGGAUGAUCUCACCAUAUAUGUUCCCUCCAUGUAG